CAGAGCGACCAGCAACAGCAGCCAUGGCUACAGGACGGUGCCUCUGGCUAGUCCUCUGGAAUGUCCUGUCUACAUCACACUGCAUCUACUUUCCGCCGAAUGAAGUUAAUCUCCUAGAUACAGCAUCGAUACAAGGAGAUUGGGGAUGGCUGACUUAUCCUCACAACGGGUGGGAUGCUAUCAGUGAGAUGGAUGAGUACUUCACUCCGAUCCACACCUAUCAAGUCUGCAAUGUCAUGUCUCCAAAUCAGAACAACUGGUUAAGGACUAACUGGCUCCAGCGAAAUGGGGCACGUCGAAUAUAUAUUGAAAUAAAGUUCACCUUACGAGACUGCAACAGCAUGCCCGGGGUUGUGGGGACCUGCAAGGAGACCUUCAACCUGUAUUACUUUGAAUCAGACAGGGACAUAGGUAGCAAUAUCUGGGAGAACCAGUUUGUGAAGAUUGACACAGUGGCAGCCGAUGAAAGCUUCACGAAUGUCGACCUGGGAGUCCGAAGACUGAAAUUAAACACUGAAGUUCGAGGAGUGGGCCCGCUUAACAAGAAAGGUGUCUACCUGGCUUUCCAGGAUAUAGGAGCUUGCAUCGCGAUUGUGUCAGUGAGGGUUUACUAUAAGAAAUGCCCAGCCAUGAUACAGAAUCUGGCUGUCUUUCCGGAUGCAGUGACGGGUGCUGACUCGUCCUCUCUGGUGGAGGUACAAGGUCAGUGUGUGGACCACAGUGAGGAGAGAGAUACACCGAAGAUGUAUUGCAGUGCAGAAGGGGAAUGGCUUGUUCCCAUUGGGAAGUGUGUCUGUAGUGCUGGCUAUGAGGAACAAAGAGAUAGCUGCCGAGCUUGUGAGCCUGGGUUUUUCAAGUCGAGCUCUGGAGACCAGCUCUGUGCAAAAUGUCCUCUUCACAGUUACUCUGAUGUGAUGGCCGCUCUCUUCUGCCAGUGUGAUGCUAACUAUUACCGGUCUGCUUCUGACCUUCCAUCUGCACCUUGUACAAGACCCCCCUCUGCCCCAGUUAAUGCCCUUUCCACUGUGAAUGGAACCACAGUGACUUUGGAGUGGAGCCCACCCUCCAAUAAUGGAGGAAGGAAUGACGUCCGGUACAAUGUUAUCUGCAGAAAGUGUGCGUGGGGGGCAAGCCAGUGUGAAGCGUGUGGUAACCGAAUCCGCUUCAGCCCGAAGCAGAUGGGACUGACAGAGCCAGCUAUCAGUGUGAUAAACCUGUUGGCACACACCAACUAUACCCUGAAGAUCGAGGCAGUGAAUGGAGUCUCUGAUCUCAGCCUGGAACCCCGGCAGUUUGUUUCACUGAAUGUCACCACGAACCAGGCAGCUCCAUCCCAGAUCUUGGUGGUCAAACAGGAAAACACCAGCCAGAACAGCGUGACAUUAAUGUGGCAGGAGCCUGACCAUCCCAAUGGCAUCAUACUAGAAUAUGAAAUCAAAUACUUUGAGAAGGGUAAGGAACAGCAGAGUUACUCCACACUGAAAGCCAAGGGAACAAGUGUGACAGUCUCCAACCUGAAACCUGGAACUCGUUAUGUAUUUCAGGUCCGAGCUCGUACAUCAGCUGGGUGUGGCCGAUUCAGCCAGACUGUCGAAAUUGAAACUGCGAAAUCAGUUUCACUCCGAUAUGAUACCAACACGAUCAUUUGGAUCUGCUUUGCUUUAGUAACUGGGCUUAUCGUUCUCCUGGCAAUGUUUAUCUGCAGGAAAAGAAGGUGUGGGUACAGUAAAGCAUUUCAGGACCCUGAUGAAGAAAAGAUGUAUUAUCAAAAUGGGCAUCUCAAGUUCCCUGACCCGAAGAUUUAUGUUGACCCUCACACUUACGAAGAUCCAGGCCAAGCAGUUCGUGAAUUUGCCAGAGAAAUAGAAGCGUCACGAAUAAAAAUUGAAAAGGUUAUUGGCUCAGGUGAAUUUGGGGAGGUGUGUUAUGGUCGUCUGAAGCUACCAGCAAAGCGAGAGAUCCCUGUGGCUUUAAAGACACUCAAAUCAGGAUACACUGAGAAACAGAGACGGGACUUUCUGAGUGAGGCCAGCAUCAUGGGACAGUUUGACCAUCCGAACAUCAUUCGGUUGGAAGGAGUUGUUACCAGAAGUAAACCAGUGAUGAUAGUUACUGACUAUAUGGAAAAUGGAUCACUGGAUUCAUUUCUGAGGAGACAUGAUGGGCAGUUCACUGUCAUCCAACUUGUCGGAAUGCUUCGUGGGAUAGCAGCUGGAAUGAAGUACUUAUCAGACUUGGGAUACAUACACAGGGACCUUGCAGCUCGAAAUAUCCUCGUCAACAGUAACUUGGUGUGUAAAGUGUCAGACUUUGGGCUCUCCCGCAUUUUGGAAGACGAUCCAGAUGCAGCUUACACCACCACGGGAGGAAAGAUCCCAAUCCGCUGGACAGCUCCCGAGGCCAUUGCUUACCGCAAGUUCUCCUCAGCCAGUGACGUCUGGAGUUAUGGAGUUGUAAUGUGGGAGGUGACAUCGUAUGGAGAGAGACCAUAUUGGAACAUGACAAACCGAGAUGUAAUUAAAUCUGUGGAAGAAGGUUACCGCCUUCCAGCUCCCAUGGGCUGUCCAGCAGCCCUCCAUCAAUUAAUGCUGGACUGUUGGCAGAAAGAUCGCAGUGAGAGGCCCAAGUUUUUCCAGAUCGUCAGUGUAUUGGACAAGCUCAUUAGGAACCCCACUGCCCUCAAGAUCCUUGAUACCACAAGCAGACUGAACAGUCCUCUGCUAAACAGAAACAUUCCCAACUACACAUCUUUUGCCUCUGUGGAUGAAUGGCUGGAUGUCAUUAAAAUGGGACGCUAUAAAGAUAACUUUGCAGCUGCAGGUUAUUUAUCACUGGGCUUGGUAAUGAGAAUGAACCUGGAGGACAUCCGAAGACUUGGAAUAACGUUGAUGGGACAUCAGAAGAAAAUCCUCAGCAGCAUUCAGAUCAUGAGGGAACAAUUAAUAUGCUCAAAUGGCCCAGGAAUAAUAUCGCUUCCUUGUUUACCUGAAGAACCGUGAUUUCCUCAUUGAGCUGUCUUUAGUUACUUCACUCACAGACCCAUCCCUUCGUCUGCAAUCAUGAUGUGGCCCAGCAGCUUUCUAUCCUGAACACUGCCCUCUGAAUCUAAUGGAUCGUAAAGUAAACGUGCUCACCGUCUGUUGUUAUUGCUGUUUAACCUGACGCUGGUUAUCAAGCCCCAGAGACACUGCAACCUUAGCCAAUGAAAAGGCCAUCUUGAAUCAGCAGGUUUGAAAUAAGAAAUGAUUUUAUUCAAGUAGAUGCAGUCACCUGGGAACCUCAUUCCACAAAACGGUACUUUUUGAUAGUAUUCUUGUUUCUGCUCCCCCAUAAAUAAUUUCAUUAUUUCACAACUCAUCAGCCAAUUGGCCUCGUGUUUGUUUAACAUUCUGGGGCAUUCUGUUCUGUGGCAAACACAUCAAAGCUAAUGUCUAAAGAUGUGUGAUAGACCAUUUAGGACUGAAAUGAUCAGAAAUGUCUUCACCCAGGGGUGGUGAGCCUGUGGAAUUAUCUGCUACAAAGAUCCAAAAAUGAAUGUUCUCAAGGAGUUAGAUACAGUUCUGAGGGCUAAAGGAAUCAUAUGGGGAGAAAUCACGAAAAGGAACUGAGUUAAAUGAUCAGCCAUGAUCAUAUUGAACGGCAGAGCAGGCUUGCAGGGCUGAAUGGUCUACUCCAGUUCUUAUGUUGCCUUCACCCCACUGUGCUCCAACAGGGCCACGUGGUGCGCUAACAGAAAACCUCACUGCUAUUAUAUUUAGUUUCCAUUGCUUUUCUAUUCUUCAGAGUUCUUAAUACCUCAGUAACUAAACCAGAAGUCACAAAAUAAUUACAACUAGGACAGGCCAAAGAGAGAGACAGACUGAAGCACUCUCACCAGUUUUAAGCUACUACAUAUUGUUGGUUUUAAAAUUAUUCUGUAAGACACCAACAGAUGGACAUUUUGCACAUUCUGACUCAUUACCAGUUUAGCAAAAUCAAUAAACGUGGUAUUUAAGUGUAUUGGAGUCCUUUGAUCUCUGUUCCUGUGCUGAAGUUCCAGGCUCUGUGGUGGAGUUUCAAGUUCUCGGGGUCCGAGGUAGAUCUGCAGAAUCUGUGGAUGCUAGUGUUUAUGGGUCUUGGGUGGAGCUCCAGAGUCAGUGAGUCCAUGGUAAAGUCCCACUGUGUAUGGGUCUGGGGCAGAGCUCCAGAAUCUGUGGUUCUGGGACAGAGCUGCAAAAACUGUCAGUCUCAGGUGGAGUUCCACAAUCUGUGAGUUUGACACGGAGCUGUGUGCUGAGUUCCAGAUUUUGUGUAUUUGUGGCAGGGCUGCACAUUCUGUGGUGAAUCUCCAGGCUAGAAUAUAGUGAAGAAUAACAUUUCAGGUAAAUGUGUUAAGUGUUCAGAUGUCUGUAUUAAAUUUCAAAGUUGUUAUCUUUCUUGAUUUAGGGAAAACAAACAGUUAAGAAAUUUUCUGAUGAAGGGUCCAGGCCUGCUCCUAAGAUGCUGCUUGCCCUGCUGUGUUCAUCCAGCCCCACACUUUGGUAUCUAAUAAAUUUAUGCUUUCAUUCAGGCUUUCAUUCAGUGUCUGGUGCAGAGAAAGGCUGCUUGUAGUCUACUUACUAACUUUCAUAAUAUCUGGAGAGGCUGUUGUGGAGAACAACUUUGAGUAAUAUAUGUUUAAAAAGGUUGAAUCCUACAGGGAUGUUAUCAAGUUAAUGAAAGUUUAAGUGACCCCUUAAUUUUGAUACAUUACUUCUAUCUAUAUUAGGAAUAAACCUAUCUAACAGGGUCACGAAUAGUCGUGAUUCUUAGUGAUCACUGUUAGUUCCUGAAAAAUUAAGUUAACAAAUCUGAUGAGAUUUAUGGUUUUAAUGAAUAUCUUGUACUCAUUACUACACUGCACUAAAUAGUCAAACUGUCUGUCUCAGGCAUGUAAUUGAAGGCCAAAUUGAAUUAUACUUAAUAAGAAUGAGAUAUAGAACUGCUUGGUAACUCACUGCAGAUUGUUAACUGCAUAAAUCUGCAGUAAUGGGUCACAAAUUCCCCUAAGCAUAAACAUCAUCAGCAUCAGCAGUGAACACUGAUGGCCGCACUCGGCUCAGAAAACAAUUUCAAUGUAUAUUUUAUUGAAAUUAGCAGAAAAAAGUUCAGCACAAAUUGAUUCAGAAUCAUCAGACUCAUGCAAAGGGGCCACAAGCUGGAAGAUUGUCUCACUGGUUUAUACAAGGUGUUCUUCUGAAGCUAAGGCCAGAGCCCAUUGGCGUGUAAUCACUAUCAGCAAAAUUUGUAAUGCAUGUGUCAGCACAUUCAUGUGGCAUUCCUCUGGGUCCAAUUUGAAUGCAUUUGUCAAUUCAGUUACUGUAAUUGAAUACUGUUUAAAUUGAGUAGCAGGUAAAUUUCGUUAAAACUCACUACCACAGCUUUUUGGAAAGACAAAAUAAAGGAGUAUUGGAUUGUGAUGUUGGGCUAGAUUUUAACUUUGAGUGAUUGGUAAAGGCAGUGAACUACCAACCUGCUUUCAGUUUCUUCCCUUCUUGUUUCCAUUGAAGCCAAUGGGUAGGGAUGUAAAAUAUCUGCUGAUUUUAUUUUUCCCAAAUAACACUCACAAACAAUUUCACUUUCAGUAGAAGAGUGAAGCUAUCUCACGAGGGAAUUCUUGAUGCCAGCCUGGCAUUGUCCACAGCAGCAGAUCCUUCACCCUACAGCAUCUUUCAUCAAUCAAAUAAACAUUGUGGCAUCACCCCCAGGAUCUGAUACUAUUUGUCAAGAUGUGGAGGUGCCGGUGAUGGACUGGAGUCUGACACUGUUUAUCAAAACCAUACUUGGUUUAUUCUGUUGUCUAGGUCCUCUAUCUGAAUUAUUGUUUCAUUUUAUUCCAUAUGUGAGUUGAAUUUGUUUCUUAUUCAAACUAGAUUUGCAUGCGUAAAACAAUGAGCAGCAAAGUUUGGCUCGCCCACUCUCACUGACUUUCAAAGACCUGUGCUUCAACAAUAAAGAGUGCGAGUAACAACAUCUCACAUUCCACAAUUUGCAUAAUUUAAUUAAUAUUCAUUUCUCGCAACUUAUCACAUACAGCGUAUCAGCAGAAUUCAGCUAGUUUGCUGUGAAAUGACGGCUUUGCACCUAAGCAAGUUAGAACAGAAAACAAGCAACAGCAGAUUAAUUUA